AUGAAUUCCUGGGUCACCCUCACAGCCUCACUGGUGGUCCUUCUCUCCAUCGCCUCACUUCCUCUGCUCAAGAAUCACUAUUUUCUGAAUUGGAGACCAUGGUGGUCGUCAAAUUCAGUAGUAGCAGAUUUGUUGGUGACUAAUGGGACUAUAUACACGAGCGAUGACUCUCUUCCCUUCGCUGAUUCCAUGGCCAUUCUCAAUGGUCGAGUUCUUCGGGUUGGAAACUAUUCCUCCCUCAAGGAUUUGGCUGGAUAUGGGACUGAAGAAUUGAAUCUUGAAGGAAAAGUUGUGGUUCCCGGAUUUAUUGAUUCCCAUGUGCACUUGCUUUCUGGAGGACUUCAGAUGGCGCAGGUGGAACUCCGAGGUAUGAAUAGAAAAGAUGAGUUUGUCAUAAAGGUCAAAGAAGCAGUAGCAAGUAAGCUUUCUUGUUGAUGCAUGCAUCAUUAUUUUCAAUGCCUCUUCUGGACCCGCGUGUGUUUCAGAGUGAAUCUUAUCUUGGAAUUCUAUACUAUAGAGGAAGCAUACUUUUGUUAAACAUUAACUAGUUGGCUUUACCUAGUGAUUUCAUAAACAUUCCUUAUUGCUUUUAUCAGCCCUUGAUUGCCUUGAUGGAAAGAAGUUUAAUUUAGAGCUAAAUAAUGUUUCUUGAUUGACAAAAGUUUAAAAGGUAAAUAUGCGAAAGAGGGAGCUACAGGGUUUAAAGAACCUGCCAAUAUCAUUAUGCAACAUCUUUUACUUGGUAAUGACGGGCUUUAGCUGUUUCUGUAUCCCUUCUUCCAUCAUCGUUCUGUAACUGUUAACCGUUACAGCCUGUUCUGAUAUUCUUUUUUGCUUUCGAUAAAUAUCUGCUCCGAUAUUCUACCGGGCAUCUUUCACAUACAGCACUUUCAGACAUAACUUCUUUUCUUUAGUUUUUAACGAAAGAAAAAAAAUUAUAAUUUCUCUUAAUUAAGAAACUCUAUUUCCCAAUUAGAUCUACAUUUUCUAGUGAUCAAAUGGCAAGGUCUAAGCUCAAGCCUUAAAUUGAAGAGCUCGGGACUGGCAAAGUUAGAAAUUUUAAGGUGGGGCACACAAUUAUACAAUUGCACCAGGAUGGUAGAGUGACCGUAUCUUUCUAAACUCAUGAUUGCUCCAUAGUAGUUGUUAUGCUAACCUUGAAUGUAGGUAAAUGUUGUCAUAAGUAGAAUACUAAACUAGCAUCUACUUGUAAACAAAUACAAAAGUCAAUACCAGUAGCAAAGUAUGUCCUUAGGUAUCAUAAAAUUCACUUAGUGCCAUAAGACUUCCACAACAUUUCAUCAAGAAAUGUUUUUUAGGGUUGUCUAGUGAAGAAUUAGAGAAACUGAAUGUUUCAUAGAUACCUCGUA